UUCUUGGAGCACAAGUCGUUCGAAACCGUCCUUGAAAGCAAGUUGGUUCUACACACGGAGCGAUUAUUAGCGACAUCCCUUCAACCCCAAGUCUCCUCUCCUCAAACCUAUCUCCCACCGCCGCCGAGGACGAUGGCGACCCUCCUCCGGCGAUCUGCCGCCCCCGCGCGGCAGCUCCUCCUCCCGCGCCACCUCGCCGCCUCCGCCCCUGCCGCCUCCCUCUCCUUCUCGCGCUACAACCCCCGCGACGACAUCUCUCGGUACGACCCGCCCAACACGCCUGUGAAUUGGGGCGUGAGCAUAGUCCCGGAGAAGAAGGCGUUCGUUGUGGAGCGCUUCGGCAAGUACCUCAAGACGCUCGGCUCCGGGAUCCACCUGCUGAUCCCCGCUGUCGACCGCAUCGCCUAUGUCCACUCGCUCAAGGAGGAGGCCAUCCCCAUCCCCGACCAGAACGCCAUCACCAAGGAUAACGUCACCAUACAGAUCGACAGCGUUCUGUACGUCAAGAUUAUGGAUCCCUAUCUUGCUUCCUAUGGUGUGGAGAAUCCAAUUUAUGCAGUCUUACAACUUGCACAAACAACAAUGAGAAGUGAACUUGGGAAAAUAACCUUGGACAAAACUUUUGAGGAGAGAGACACCUUAAAUGUAAAAAUCGUGAGGUCCAUCAAUGAGGCAGCAACAGAUUGGGGCUUGAAGUGUAUCCGUUAUGAAAUCAGGGACAUAACUCCUCCACAUGGGAUUAAGGUGGCUAUGGAAAUGCAAGCUGAAGCAGAAAGGAAGAAACGUGCCCAAAUCCUUGAAUCUGAAGGAGCUAUGUUGGAUCAGGCAAAUCGUGCAAAGGGUGAGGCCCAAGCGAUUCUUGCCAAGUCAGAAGCUACUGCUCGUGGAAUCAGUCUGGUUUCAGAGGCAAUGACAAGUAAAGGCAGUACUGAGGCUGCAAGCCUUAGACUUGCAGAGCAAUACAUCAAAGCAUUUGAAAAUCUGGCCAGAAAGACGAAUACAAUGCUCCUUCCAAGCGAUGCUGGCAACCCGGCAUCUUUCAUAGCCCAGGCUACCAAGAUAUACCAGCAUACUGUCCAGUCCAACCCCCAGUUAGGAGCUGACCACCCCCAGAUAGAAGAGCUGGAGGAAUCAGAAGGAGAGACCGGUCCUGCUACCCUACCACUCAUCCCGGAAGCAGAUCCUGGAAAGACCUUCUCCCUGCAACACCGCAAAAACAAGCAUUGAGUUGUGCUCGAGUACCUGAAGGAAGUCCUUUUUUGUCUUACUGUUCUGCAAACAUUGUGGAAGUGUCACUGAGAACACCAGUAGCGUUAGUUUUCUUAGUUUAGACUCUCGGUUUAAGAAACACUAAUGUGCUGGAGAAGUUAAGAGGAUAGAAGCCUAGGCAUUGUUUUCUGGGAGCUAAAUGGAAAUAAGUUUGGCGACCGGAAAGAAAGAUUUUGAUUCUGGGGGGUUAAACUUUGGUUCGUUCUUAUGCGAUGCAAGUUUGUAAAUGCAAAGGUUGGGUUAUCGUUCGUGAAACAAGUACACUUGGUGGAAACAUUUUGGUUUAAGGCAGCUGUGACUUCACUUAACCUGUUA